UUUGAUUAGUCAAAUUGAAAAUACAUACAGUGAUACUUCUGAAGAAAUUUUUUUCCUCAUUGAACAACUACGCCUCACCACUUAUUCUCCAAAUGGACUACGCUUUUCUACUUUAUGUAUACGUCGUGCACUUGAACUGUAUUUGUCCUCCAGAUGUUGUUAUCGACAUUUAAGAAAUCUGCUUUGUUUGCCCAGUCCAAAGACUCUCAUUUCAAAAUUAGGAAGAGUUGGAGAAGUUGGAAAUGAAAAAGAGUGCAAUAAUACAAUCAAAGUUGUUUUUGAAAAUUUUAAUAGUUCUGAAAAGCGUUGCUGCCUUCUCUUUGAUGAGAUGUAUAUUAAACCAAGUGUUAGUUUCAGAGGAGGACACCUCAUUGGAUAUAAUACCUAUGUUUGGUAAACCUUCUUUUGUUUGUAGAAUUGUACCAAUAUUUAAACUGUCAGUGCACUUUCUUCACGAUUUGAUUAUAAACAUAAAUAAACAAAUAAUUGAUGCAGGAGGAGAAUUACUGUGUCUUUUAUCAGAUAACCAUCCCACAAAUCGAAGUGUUUACCAAAGUUUCGUUGUUAAUAAAAGUUUUCCAUGGCAAGGUGUUAUAGAAAAAGAAAAACCAGUUAUUAUGCUACACGAUCCAGUUCACUUGUUUAAAAGUAUAAGAAAUAAUUGGUUUACGGAAAAAACACAAACAAUUAGUUUAAAAAUUAAUAAUCAACCUCUCUCUGGUGAUUGGUCUCACAUUGUUCAAUUAUAUAACAGACAGAAAACUUGUGUUGCCAAAACUACAAAGCUUUCACGCAAGUCAGUGUACCCUAGUUUGAUUGAUAGACAAAAUGUUGCAAACAUGGUUGCUGUAUUUAAUGAAAAAACUGUUGCAGCAUUGAGAUUAGCUAAUUUUGAGAACACUGCCUGUUUUUUAGCACCAAUUGUUUCAUUAUGGAACAUGCUAAAUGUUAAGAGGAAAGGUUGUGAUGUUUUACUUAAUGAUAUCAAUAGGUCUCCUUUCCAGACACUCGAUGACCUUAGAUUUAAAGAAAUUUUAGCAUUUGCUGAUGCAACUUCUAAGAUGUCAGAGGGAAAGGGAUUAAAGCGUCAUAAUACUUUUACACCAGAAGCAAAACAUGCUUUAGUUAACACCCUACAAGGAUUGGUGGAAUUAAUAAAAAAACUGCUUUCAGAAGAUCACCAAUAUGUUCUUCCCGGUAUUUUUCAAACAGAUCGUCUUGAUGGUGAAUUUGGCAUCUACAGACAACUAAGUGGCGGAAAUUAUUUUAUCUCAGCAGAACAAGUAUUGAACAGUUUGCACCUUCAGCGGUUAAAAUUAUUCAGCAAAAUAGUUUCUUUGGAUGAAACUGACAUUCAUUGCUCACGCAUACAUUCAGACUGUUGCACAAUGGAUCUAUUGGAAGAGGAUAUUAUUUAUUUAGAUGAAUGUUUAAUUAAUGCAGACAAUGAAUCUAUUAAUGAUAAGGAGAAUGCUGCCCUUUUUUAUAUGGCUGGUUAUGUACAGCACAAGAUCGAUCCGCAGCGUAUAGUUGAUACAACAACAUCACAAUCAGCUAGUUCUGAAUUUACAGAUUAUGUUUCACGUGGUAAAUUGCGUUAUCCUGGUGAUACUCUUCUCCAGUUUAUUUGUGUUUGUUAUCUACUGUUUAACAGCGUUCCAAUGUCUGAAAAACGUUUUCAAUGUGUUGUUUAUUUAAAGAAAUUAUUUUUAUUCUUGCAUUCAACAUUACCAUUUGAUUUAGAAACAGACAGUAUAGGUAUUUCAAAAGUUAUAUCAAUAAUAACUAACUGUUUCUUAAAAGGUGUUACGACCCUUGAUAAUACAUCUGAUAUUGUUUCAUUAAACAUUGAGGACAGAAAAAGAAAGAAACUCAAUACUUAGUGGUCUGAUUAUUUAGUUGACAUUGGUGAUAUAAUUAAUAACGUUUUGAAAUGUAUUUAUGGCUUUAUAUUUAUAUGGUUUAAAAUUUGUUUAUAAUUAUAUAUUUAUUAUUAUGAUAUGAAUAUAUAGUAUGAUAA